AUGGGCCCAUUGGUGCUGGAGCUGUACUGGCAACACGCCCCUCGCACCUGUAAGAACUUCGCCGAGCUGAGCCGACGCGGCUACUACAACGGCACCAAGUUCCAUCGCAUCAUCAAGGACUUCAUGGUGCAGGGAGGAGACCCCACGGGCACAGGUCGUGGUGGUGCCUCCAUCUACGGGAAACAGUUUGAGGAUGAGCUGCACCCUGACCUGAAGUUCACCGGUGCUGGGAUCCUGGCGAUGGCCAACGCUGG